AUGCCAAGGUACACAGUGCAUGUCCGAGGGGAAUGGCUGACUGUCCCUUGUCAAAGUGGGGCAAGCACAGUGCGAUGGCUGGGAAAAGAAGCUCUGAGGCGUUACGUCAAAAACAAGCCUGAUAAUGGAGGGUUUGCUUCAGUGGAAGAAGUGACAUUCUAUGUACGAUGCAGCAAAGGACUUGGAUUGCUGGACCAGGAUGAUGCCUUGGAGGACGUCCUAGAGGACAAUGAGUUUGUGGAAGUUGUGAUACAAGGAGAUGUAAUGUCCCCAGAUUUCAUUCCUUCUCAGCCAGAAGGUAUUUAUUUAUACAGUAAAUAUAGAGAACCGGAACAGUAUCUUUAUUUAGAUGGAAAUAGUUUGACAACAGAAGAUUUGGUCAAUUUAGGAAAGGGGCUGUAUAAAAUCAAGCUUACUCCUGAAGCUGAAACUAGAGUCAAAAAAUCCAGAGAUGUUAUUGAAAGUAUUAUAAGUGAACAAAGAGUUGUCUACGGUAUUACAACAGGCUUUGGGAAGUUUGCACAGACUGUUAUUCCAAACAGUAAGCUACAGGAGCUGCAAGUGAACUUAGUCCGGUCACAUUCUGCAGGGGUUGGGAAGCCUUUGAUUCCAGAGAGAUGCCGUAUGCUCUUAGCUCUGAGGAUAAAUGUCCUAGCCAAAGGAUACAGUGGACUUUCAUUAGAAACUCUUCAGCAAGUCAUUGAAGCAUUUAAUGCAUCCUGCCUGCCCUACAUCCCAGAGCAAGGGACUGUUGGAGCCAGUGGAGACUUAGCACCUCUUGCCCAUCUUGCCCUGGGACUCAUUGGCGAAGGAAAGAUGUGGUCCCCAAAGAGUGGAUGGGCUGAUGCAAAAUAUGUGCUGGAAGCUCAUGGACUCAAACCAAUUACUUUAAAGCCAAAGGAGGGUCUGGCUCUUAUCAAUGGAACACAAAUGAUAACUUCUCUGGGAUGCGAAGCAGUUGAAAGGGCCAGUGCAAUUGCUAGACAAGCUGACAUUGUGGCUGCCCUCACACUGGAAGUUCUCAAGGGCACAACAAAAGCCUUUGAUACGGAUAUUCAUGCACUGCGACCACAUCAAGGGCAGAUUGAGGUAGCUUUUCGAUUCAGGUCUCUUUUAGAUUCUGAUCAUCAUCCUUCUGAAAUAGCAGAAUCACAUAGAUUUUGUGAUAGAGUGCAAGAUGCGUACACAUUACGUUGUUGUCCUCAGGUUCAUGGUGUUGUGAAUGACACAAUUACCUUUGUAAAGAACAUAAUUACCACAGAGCUCAAUAGUGCAACAGACAAUCCUAUGGUUUUUGCCGACCGGAAGGAGACAAUUUCUGGAGGAAAUUUCCAUGGUGAAUAUCCAGCCAAGGCUUUAGAUUACCUUGCAAUUGGUGUCCAUGAACUUGCUGCAAUUAGUGAAAGGCGAAUCGAACGACUCUGUAAUCCAUCACUCAGUGAAUUACCACCAUUUUUGGUUACAGAAGGAGGUCUAAAUUCUGGUUUCAUGAUUGCACAUUGCACAGCAGCUGCCUUGGUUUCAGAGAAUAAAGCUUUGUGCCACCCUUCUUCUGUGGACUCUCUUUCAACCAGUGCUGCGACAGAGGAUCACGUCUCCAUGGGAGGAUGGGCUGCAAGAAAAGCACUUAAAGUCAUUGAGCAUGUGGAACAAGUGCUGGCUAUAGAACUGUUUGCAGCAUGUCAGGGCAUUGAGUUUCUACGCCCCCUCAGGACUACAACCCCAUUGGAGAAAGUCUAUGACCUUGUGCGGUCUGUUGUCAGGCCUUGGAUAAAAGAUCGUUUUAUGGCCCCUGACAUUGAAGCAACUCACCGAUUGCUUGUAGAUCAGAAGGUUUGGCAAGUAGCUGAACCAUACAUUGAGAAAUACAGAAGGGAACAUAUUCCAGAAUCCAGACCCAUUUCCCCAACUGCAUUUUCUCUGUCAGCCAGUAAAAGUGCUUCUUGUCACCACCAUCACCACAGUGAUUAUGAAGAACAUGAACAGUGA